AACUGCACGUCUCAUUCACUUUAUACCUAUUUUUUUUCCUCAAGUAAAAGCAAUGGACUGAGAUUCCCUGUUGGGUUUUUGGUGGGCCAGCAGAAAAAAAAAAACUUAUGGUAGGUACAUUACAUUUGGACAUGAUUGUUCCUGAAUUAUCCUCCAAGAAUUUUCUGAGAUGAAGAAGUUUUUCCCAUGCUUCAAUGAGUGUUUGAUCUUCCUGGCUGGCUAAUGCAAAACAUGUUGUCUGAGGAGCGGUGAGGGCAUCGGUACACUUAAGCAUCUGCUAAUCUUCUUAGAGUCUCUAAGUACCCAGCUAGAAAUCAGCUAGUGUCCAGAUUGUCUCUUCCUGCCCCAGAUAAACGACUCAGACAACAACAAAGAGAGAGGCUCUCCGAACAUAUCUGGCAUGGUCUCUUCUCUGGCAUGAAAUAUGCGCCUCCUCUCCUUCGGGAACUGCGUUGACAGAGCCGCGGAAGAAGUUCUAGUGGGUUUCCUCGACUUGAAGAUGUUCAGCGGCGGCACCAAGAAGUGGUUCGCCAGGAAGCAGAAGAGGCAGCAGCCGCAAAAAGCUGGCAGGAGGCCAUGCGCCAGGCGGAAGAAGAAGUGGGCCGCCAAGAUCCUCAAAGAGCACCGAGAGCAGAUCCUGAGUGAGCUGGACGUCAACGCCGUGCUUCCCUACCUGGUGUUCGACAAGGUCUUCUCACUGGUGGAGUACAAGGAGAUAGUGGGACAGGUGUCCGGCAGGAGACGGACGGAGGUGUUCCUGGACCACCUGACCUCCAAGGGGCCCGCUGCCUUCAGCUCCUUCUGCUCUGUUCUGGAGGAGGUGUGUCCUCACCUGCUGACCUGCUUCCUGUUGGAUGGAGAAGAUGGUGUCCCAGGAACGGGCAAGAAAGUGGGCCUCCCCGUCCCCCCAAACAGUGCAGGAGCUCAGCCGCUGUGCUCCCCUCCCACCUACACCAACCCUGUGUUCGAUUCCAG